GGCAUAUGGAAUGCAAGUUGACAACAACAGCUGGCGUCGAAUGCUGAUACGUCGUCAAUAAGUCGUCAUGUGCUCGACAAUAGUGCUGGACUGUCUUACGGAUACUCUGGGAUGCGUCUUCAUCUCGUCUGUAUUCCAGGUGUCGUGGUGUUGUGUAACUUUGGUCUAUCAACGGGGAUAAAUGCCGUCGAAAGGUCUUUGGCCGUGUUUCCAGUACCUGUGAUAUCCACCUUUAUUGUGCAUCCCGUUGGCAGUCUUGGCAGCCAAGUGGGACCGUGCAAGGAAUGGGACGCCAGCAACAAGCACCGCCAGGCAGGAUGGGGAAUUGGAGUCUUAAGAGAUGGGGAUUUCGCUCCACCAGUCCAUGCCGGUAGGGUCGCAAGCAGGCGGGCAUCUGUGGUCCCUCCAGGCUGGCUUCGGCCGUCGUCUCAUGCAAAAGAGGGAAAACCAUGGCAGAGGCGGUAGAAAAUAGUGGGAUAGGUCGUGCUUGCGGCCUGUUUCGUGCUUGACCCAAUUGAGCCAUGAUGUGGACGGAUCGAAUGCCAUGAUUAGCGAGUAAGAUACGUAUCGGCAGUCUCUGCUAUUCCCGCUGAAUCAGAUGUGUUGACACUUGAUAUUGCUGAGGUGUUGCCGUGAGGAAUCCGAGCUGGCCACAGACUGGCAUGU